AUGAUGGCGUAUAUGAACCCGGGGCCCCACUACUCCGUCAAUGCCUUGGCCCUAAGCGGCCCCAGUGUGGAUCUGAUGCAUCAAGCUGUGUCCUACCCAAGCGCCCCGAGAAAGCAGCGACGAGAACGGACCACCUUCACCCGAAGCCAGUUGGAGGAGCUGGAGUCCUUGUUUGCCAAGACCCAGUACCCGGAUGUAUAUGCCCGGGAGGAGGUGGCUCUGAAGAUCAACCUGCCCGAGUCCAGGGUUCAGGUCUGGUUCAAGAACCGUAGGGCUAAAUGCAGACAGCAGCGGCAGCAGCAGAAGCAGCAGCAGCAGCCCCCAGGGGCACAAGCCAAGGCUCGCCCUCCCAAGAGGAAGGCAGGCACUUCUCCAAGAUCCUCCACGGAUGUCUGUCCGGACCCCCUGGGCAUCUCGGAUUCCUAUAGCCCCCCUCUCCCUGGCCCGUCAGGCUCCCCCAGUGCAGCAGUGGCCACUGUGUCUAUUUGGAGUCCAGCCUCAGAGUCCCCUUUGCCUGAGGCGCAGCGGGCUGGGCUGGUGGCCUCAGGCCCUUCUCUGACCUCAGCACCCUAUGCCAUGACCUAUGCCCCUGCCUCUGCUUUCUGCUCUUCCCCCUCAGCCUAUGGGUCACCGAGCUCCUAUUUCAGUGGCCUGGAUCCCUACCUUUCUCCCAUGGUGCCCCAGUUGGGGGGUCCAGCUCUCAGCCCCCUUUCUGGCCCCUCUGUGGGGCCCUCCCUGACCCAGUCCCCCACCUCCCUCUCAGGCCAGAGCUAUGGCACCUACAGCCCUGUGGACAGCCUAGAAUUCAAGGACCACGGCACCUGGAAAUUCACCUACAACCCCAUGGAUCCCCUGGACUACAAGGAUCAGAGUGCCUGGAAGUUUCAGAUCUUGUAG